CUUCCAUACAGCUUUCGAGCUCUAAAACAUCCCCGCCAAUCCUUGAAAUCAAAUUGAGAUACACGUGAACGGACACAAAACUCCCGUACUAAGCUUCCAAUGGCAGCAAGGUGGCAAUCGAAGCGUCUCCUUCAGGGCAUCAAUGCCAUUGUUGGUGGGCAGGGACCGCCGGUGGUGCUGGUUGCAGGCUGGCCCCAGACAGCCGAAGCAUACAGUGAUCUCUUCGAGCCACUUUCAAAGCAUCACCAGUUCUUUGCCUUGGACCCGCCAGGACUGGGAGAUUCGGCUCCGUCCCCAAACGGCUACGAUACCGCGGCAAUCAGCAAGACUCUAGCCGAGUCUCUCAACGACGUGAUCAAGGAACCGUAUCAUCUGGUGGGCCACGAUAUCGGAGGAUGGAUCGCUUACCCAUGGGCGGCCCAAUUUCCCUCCAGAAUCAAGAGUCUCAGCAUUCUGGACGCGGCAGUCCCCGGCCUUACACCUCCUCAACAGUUCCCACUGUCGUACGAGACGAAUUUGCGCCUCUGGCAAUUCUCGUUCAACGCGCUGCCAGAGCUACCGGAGAUUCUCACGCAGGGCCGUGAGCGCGAACUCCUCACGUGGUUCUUCAACUUGAAAACCGCCCAUCCGGAGACAUUCCCCAAGGAGAGACUGGAAUCUUACAUCCAGAGUUAUGCGCGACCCGGAGCUAUGAGUCGCGGAUUCGAAUACUAUCGCGCCGUUGGAACCAGCGCGAAGCAAAAUGUUGAAUUUGCGAAGAAGCCUCUCGACGUGCCGGUGUUGGCGCUGGGCGGAUCUAAGUCCGUGGGCGGCAAUAUGGUUCGACUGGCGCAGAACCUGGCGAGCAACGUUCAAGGGGGAGAGAUCGAAGACUGCGGUCACUUUGUGGUGGAAGAGAAGCCCGAUGACGUGGCAGAGAAGUUGAUGGGGUUUUUUAAACAAGUGGAAGAAAAG